GUAAAUAUAUUUGAUGAAUGUUAUACACACACACACACACACACACAUAUAUAACUUUAAUUAGAAUCAUAUAAUAUAUUUGUGAUUAUUUUCUCAAUGAUAUUGCACAUAAUACGGGAUGUCCCGUAAAGAUUGUAACAAUAUUUAAUGAUAAACUCCUGAGAUCAUUUUGAGAUGGAAAUUUUGAUAUGUAUGUCAAAAUGUUGAGACUACAAUAAUUUUUAAAUAAAAAAUUAUAAAAUUACCAAAUUAAAUUAUCGAAAAUGCACGUACUCAGGUAUGACAUAUAUCACAUAAAGCGCGCAACAUUCGCGAGCAUUAUUUGUUUUUAUUUAAUAUUUGAUGGACACCAAUGAUGAAAUGAUUCCAAGAGCAUUGCAAGUGUUAAAUGGAACGAACCUAUAGUAAUGAAGGUGUUUUUAAAUCUAUUAUUUUUUAUAUUGAUUUGGCCAGAGUUCCUCUCUGAUUUGGCAUACAUCUUUAUUAUGCAAUGUGCCCUAUCUGAGGGCGCAAACUUCGGACAGUUUGAUUUGCCAAUUUUAAACCUUUCUCAUUUAAAAAUUAUCAUAAUAUCGAUGUUUCGGUAUUAGGAUUUUUGUCUCAAAAUGAGGGAGUCUAUUCUUAAACGUUAUCACAGUCUUUAAAGAAUACCUAUAUGUAUUAGGACUAGUUGUUAUAGCAACAAUUGCCAAACAAUGUAUUCUAUUGCUGUGUACAGUUGUCAAGUGCAAUGGAAUGUUAAUGUACAUACUUGCAAUCACUACUGUUAAACAAUGCAUACAUUAAAAUUGGUAAUGAUAGGACCGACUGAGAGUGGAAAGACUACAAUAGCGAAUUUUCUGGCAGAUGCUACGGAAAUUUCAUAUGAUUAUCAUCCAACUCAAGGUGUUCGAAUAUUAGAAUUUGAAAUUAAAGAUAUUGAAAUUAAUAAUGAACGUAUCUCAAAAGAUCUCGAAUUGUGGGACUGUUCUGGAAAUUAUAAAUACAAAAAUUGCUGGCCAGCUAUGCGUAAAGAUGUGCAUGGUGUGAUACUUGUAUACAGCGCAAAAACGCAGGAUUCUUCAAAAAAAUUGAAAGAAUAUUACGAUUAUUUUGUUAGCGGAGCUAAAUUAGGACCAAAUAGUUGUGUAAUAUUCUUCUAUGAUCCUGAUAAUACCACAUCAAGCACAUUGAAAACUAUUUCAUCUACUUUCUCGAAUGUCUCUCAUGUCAAGUGUAACGUGGAUGACGAUGGUGACAAAUUAAAAGCUGAUUUUCGAUUGUUUCUAAGUGCUCUAAUAAUAAAAUUGCACGAAGGCAAAGAAGAAAAACUGAUUUUAAGUGACAAUAUAUUAUUUGCUAAAUAACAUAUUCACUUUUUAUAACAAUUAUAUACAUAAUAUAUAUAAUAAAAAAUAGAACUCUUUAUCCUGAAUAUUUAUCUCUGUACAAUUAUUUAUAUAGCCAAAAAUACAUAUUCUUAAUUAUCAA